AUGAAACAAAUCUCAUCAUUUUUAUCUGAAAUAUCAGAUCAAUUUAGAACAGUUGUUGUUGAUGCAAUUAAAUCAUUAUGUCAAAAAUUUCCACGUAAACAUACUGUAUUAAUGACAUUUCUUUCAAAUAUGUUACGUGAAGAAGGUGAUUAUGAAUAUAAAAAUGCAAUUGUUAAUACAAUUAUUUCAAUUGUUGAAGAAAAUCCUGAAGCGAAAGAAGCAGAUUGUGAACAUGCAUCAUUAGCUACUCGUAUUAUUCAUUUAUUGGGUCGUGAAGAACCACGUACAACAACACCAGCAAAAUAUAUUCGUUAUAUUUAUAAUCGUGUUAUUCUUGAAAAUGCACCUGUUCGAGCUGCUGCCGUAAGUUCAUUGGCUAAAUUUGGUGCAGCAUCAGAAGAUUUAUUACCAAAUAUUUUGGUACCUUUACAACGAACAACACUCGAUCAAGAUGAUGAAGUUCGUGAUCCAAUGAAUGUAUCAUUAUCAUCACUUGAACGUCUUUUACAUCAUUAUACAAUUGAACCAACAACAAAACCAUUUGAUGUUCGAUCUGUACCUGUUGAAGCAGUUCUGGUUGAACAACCUAAAGAUAUUAGUAUUGGUGUUGGUCUUCCACGUCCAGGAAUUGAAUCGAAAACAAAUCGAGAAAAUACUUAUGAUGAACAAUUAUCUGCUAUACCAGAAUUUGCUCAUUUGGGUCCAAUAUUCAAAUCAUCAUUACCAGUUGAUUUAACUGAAAGUGAAGUUGAAUAUGUUGUACGAUGUAUAAAACAUAUUUUUAGUCAUUAUAUUGUUUUUCAAUUUGAUAUCAAUAACACACUAAAUGAUCAAUUAUUAGAACGAGUAACUGUUCAAAUCGAUGGAUCAGCUGAAGGUUUUGAAGUUGUCCAUUGUACUACUUGUCAAGUUAUUAAAUGUAAUGAUACGGGUACAACUUAUACAUUAGUUAAAUUACCUGAUGAUUCAUCAGCUGUAACUGGUAAAUUAGCAUGUACAAUGAAAUAUACAGUUAAAGAUUGUGAUCCAACGACCGGUGUACCAGAUGAUGAAGAAGGUUAUGCUGAUGAAUUUGUGCUUGAAGAUAUUGGAAUAACAGAAGAAAUUGGAGCUGAAAAUGAACUUGAAGAUACAUAUACAUUAUUAAUUCCAACACUUGAAGAAUGUGUGAAGAAAAUAAUAAAUUAUAUGGGAAUGCAAGCUUGUGAACGAUCAGACAAAAUUCCAGAAGGCAAAGCAUCACAUGCACUUUAUUUAGCGGGUGUCUAUCGUGGUGGACAUGAUGUACUUGUUCGAGCAAAAAUGGCAUUGGGUGGUACAACAGUAUAUCCAGGAGCACAAGCUAUUACCAGGCAAUUAACAAUACGUUCGACAGAUGAAUCAGCUGUGCAAGUUAUUGCUUCAGCAGUCGAAUAA